GUUUUACAGGCUUUUGAGGAAAUUCCGUUGUGCAGUGUCCUGGAACAGAUAAAAGAAAAACACAAUCUGGAAAAAGUGAAAAAGAAACUUGUAAGAAGUGCUGCUUUUGGAAACUUCUUCGGAGUCAUGGCUCUGUUCCAGUCUGGGAGGCUUGUGAAGGACCGGAAAGCUCUGCUGGAGAGCAUCCAGCUUCUCCAGCAGCUGACAAACUACCAGGCACACCUCAGAGACCUGCCACGCAAAACUCUUAUUGACAUCACCUCUGAGGUUCCUGAAAAUGUGUUUGAGGAGGUCCUGCUUGACAUCCUGCAAGGUGACCUCUCUUCAGCCUUCACCUCACCAGAGAACCUGCACCUUUUGCUUGUGGGCAUGCAGAAAUUCCCCAGUGUUCUGAAACCUAAAAAGCUGAAGAAGCUGUUUGGCUCACCUACUGUUGUAAAUGAGGAAAAUAUUCCCAGGCUUGUAGAACUUCUGAAAAGUGCUGCCAAAUCUGAGAAGGAAGACAAGAAAUUGCCCAGUGUAGUGUUUGAUUUGCUACAAGUUGCACUGAAGGAAGGUGCCUUUGAACUGUUCUGGAAUGAAGUUGUGGAGAAUGGGCUGUUGAAGGAGAAAUCAGGACCUGUGAGUAACAUGUGCUACCGGUUGCUGGGCAGUGCUCUGCCCUUGCUGUCUCUGGAGCAGCUGCAGGUGGUUCUCAAGGGGAAGGUGAUGCUGCACUAUGGAGAACGUGUGACAGCCACUCAGUUUCCACAGGAUUUUAAGGUUGCUACGGAGAUGGAAGGAUACAUAGAUAAAUUCCUGAGUGACUGUGAUGACCCUGAGAGGCAGCUGGCUGUGAUAAUGGGCUUCUCUACUCUUACCAACCAAGGCAAGCCGGUGUUGUUGAGUGCCUCCAGGGCAGUCAGACACAUGCAGGCAGUGGCAUUGCAAAACUAUGUCAACUGGCUCAAAGACAUGUUCCUCAGGCCAGACUUGGACUCUUGUUUGGACUUCUCAAGCAACCGACAAAAACAGAACCAGGAGAACGGAGACAUAGCACAGCACAAGGUUGCUCGGUUACGGCGAUGGAUCAUGCACAGACUGGUUAACAUCACUGAGAGUGCCAUGAAAAAGGAAGAGAGCCUUGUGAUGGACAUUGCCAGGUUUUGCUUCUUCCAUGCUUUCUUUAAGGCUAAGAAAAAGACUUCCCAGAUAAGUGAGGCGUGUGUCCUUCCAUCAGAGCCCCUAGAGGAACGGGACUAUUCAGAGACAGAAAACUUCUUCUUUGGGUUACUGCAGACACUAAACACCAUGCCUGUUCUGGGGGACACAGCAAAGGCUGCAGCCCUGAGGGAGAAGCAUGUCCAUGGUGUGACUGCAGAUGGGAAGCUGUGGAUGUUCCUCCUGGCUGAGUAUGCCAACAAGCUGCUCUCCACUGAGCAUGUCAAAGCUGUGAAGCCUUUUACCAAGGAACAGAAGGAUAUCUGGGAGAGAACACUUCAGUCUGUGAAGAAUCUGCAGAAGAAGGAAAAUAAGUCAGACAGUGCCAAAGUUGGUGCUUUCCAGCAACUUCUGCUUUCAAUGGCAAUUCAUCUUUUCAAGAAUCAAUCUGAAACAGUGGAUGUUCUGAGUGACCUCCUGAACUGCACAGAGAAGGCAUUUGGCAAAGAAGUCAAGAAGAAAAAGACUGACAACUCAGAGCCAGGAUGGGUUGAGGUGAUGGUGGAAAUCCUCCUCUCCCUCCUUGCCCAGCCCAGUCUGCUCUUACGUCGGAUUUCCAAGAGUGUGUUUGUGUGGAUAUGCCCUAACCUGACCAAGAGAGGUUUGCAGCUGAUCCUGGAUGUUUUUGACCCAAACCAAGAGGAAAAUGAAGAAAGUGCUGUUGUUGUGAUGGAAGAAUCGAAGAAAAAGGGCAAAUCUGCACAGGACACGGAUGAGGAAGGCAGUGAGGACUCCUCAGAUGAAGACGACACUGACAGUGGAGAUGAGGAGAACAAUGAAGAAGUUGAUGAUGAUUUUCGCAGUCAGCUGAUGAAUGUUCUCCAAGCAGGGAAUGCAGUGGGAGGAGAUGAGAGUGAUGAAGAGCUGGAUGAUGAGGCUAUGAUGGCUCUUGACAAGAACAUCUCAGCCCUUUUUGCGGAGCAGCAGAAACGGAUCCAGGCGAAGAAGGACGAGAAGGACAGGAUACGGAAAGAGAAGAUCCUACGGAGGGAUUUCAAGGCUAAGGUGCUGGAUCUGAUUGAUGUGUUCCUGAUUAAGCAAGCAGAGAACCCCUUGGUGUUUGACAUCAUUGAGCCCCUGCUUCAGUUGAUUGAACAAUGCAUGAGCUCAGACUCUGACAAGCAGGAGGUUGACUUCCUUCGAAAAACAGCAAGUAUCUUCCAGAACUCCUUGUGCCGCAACAAGCAGUACUGCAAGAGAGUGGACCCUCUGCAAGAAGAGGUGCAUGCUUUAGUGCAGAGGCUUGUGAACAAAGCCUGCAGGCACUCUGACUCUGCAGUGGCUCUCUAUUACUUCAGUGCCUCAUUAUACCUGCUUAAAGUGUUGAAAGGAAACACAUCAUCAACUCUUCCUCCCCCUCAGCCAGAGAAACAGAGCGACAGCAAAGCAAAGCAGGCGUGUCAGCUGUUGAACCCAGGCUGUUUAAACGUGGAGGAGGUGUCUGUUAUCUACCGCCAGGCACUGACAGAGUUCCUCAGCAAACGGAACAGUCCUCUCACCUGCUCCAUGUUCCACGAUCUCUUCAAACGCUUCCCAAUCAUGUGCAAGCCAUUAGUACAUACCCUUGUCGAGCAUAUCACAGCUGCAUCCAGGCAACAUCAGCAG